GGAAGGAAACGCCAUCGCGGGUGGAGAUUGUAUCCCUUCUCAAGCCUGAGAAGCAGGAGUUGUGCGACUCCUCUCCUUUAUCUACCGUUUGGGUCUGUCUGUCUGUGUGUGUGUGUGUGUGUCAACUAUCACCCACACCGCCUUCACGUGUUAUGCCCCGUAGUAACGAGCAACCAAAGUGUCUUCUAUUUUUUGUAUCACCUUCAGAAAAGCAAGAGAAAACUUUGAGGGUUUCGCGUUGAAAUUGACGGCCAUUUUCGGACACGAUGCGACAGGCACCGAACUCCUCUCCUGGGCACUUCACCGUGCGUGUGCUGUGGCGGCGCAGUGCGGCUGCAGUGGCACUGAGUGCAGCCAUCAGCACAACGGGUCUGCUGCGGCGUGCGCUCAGUACGGCAGCCGCUUUGCCGAUCACGGAAAACGCUGCUGCGGAAGCUUCCUCAGGACCGGCAACUGCAUCGCGCCCGCCACGUCAGCUGCGUCUCGCGGUGGUUCGGCCGGACCUGCUGGAUGACUGGAUUCCCGAACUAAACGACGUGGAUGCACAGAAAAUCUCCUGCAUGGACGAUGUCACGCCCGUUUGGUGGCACUGCCCGCACUGCAACGAGAAAUAUCAGAGCACGGUGCAAUCGCGCGUGGCACGUGGGCGCACUGCCUGUCCGCACUGCAGCGGCUUCGGCAGCGCUGUGGUGGACAACACGUCUGCUGCCUCCGAAGCCGCACCUACAACGAUAACGGCAUUCGCAUCAGACGGUGACGCCUCUCUGAACGUCACACACCCCGACGCAGCCGCGCGGUGGGAUGCGGAGCGCAACGGCGGGUUGUUGCCCUCGCAGGUCACCGCCUGGAGCACGCGGCAGGUGUGGUGGCGGCCCGCGCCGCACUCCAAGUCGCAGCGCAGCUUCAGGCGUCCUGUAUUUGCCUUUGUGCGGGACGCCGCCUCUCCAGACGAUCAGGCGGCUGCUACAGCGGCGAUGGAAUGGAAGUUAUUGUCGUCUAUUCGCGAUGCUGCACGAGUGGAGGAGGCAGAACAACUUGGCUCGAUGCCCGUCACGCUGUCCGCCGAGGCGAUGGCUACCGGCGCGCAGUACGACUCUGCCGUAUGGCGUAAUGCAGCAGAGCAGGUGGACACGGAGCAGGAGGACGAGACGGCGGAAGCCCUGGCUACGAAGGAUGGUGCAACGACGGGUGCAACUGCGCCUCCUCCUUGUGCGAUGUCCCCUGCCGACGCGGCCGCCGUCGCAUUUUUGUGGAAGCCCCGCACAAAACAAUUUCUCACGACGAUGCAGAAGUUCGCAGGAGCAAAGAAAACGCCAAGUCUCAAGCAUUUCCAGCAUCGUUUGCCCUCGUCCGAGAAGCGAGAAGCGGAGGCAGAGGAGGCAGAGGAGGCGGAGGAGAAGGAAGGUGCGGCUAAGCCCGUCGGGCCUGCCGUGCCCUUUCCGCCGCGUGAGGUGUUCUCCCAUUCGUUUGCCCCUUUCAUGCCACGUCCCCUCAGCGUUGCCGCAGCGGUGCGCACGUCACACCGGUGCGCAGACACGGCAACGACGGUGCGCGAGACGCUCCUCAAUCAGUACUGCGACUUCGUGAACCAACAGCGCACGAAGGACUCGUCAUCAUCGACGACGUCGUCGAGGAAGGCGCAGAUGCCACUGCCGCUGCCAGUGUUGGACCUGCACGUGGCGGACGGCACUGCGUUGGCAGACGCUGCGUUGCAGGGGCAGACGUGGAUUGACUUUUUCCGCCUGACAAAGGAGGAGGUGCGGCCGAAGGGCUACAUCGAUCCGAGCGCCUCCCUGUACUUCUCCAAUACCGCGGCGGCAACGACAACGGCGCCUUCGUCAUCCGCCAUCCCAACGGCUUCGUUUCCCGUGGAGCACGCAGGAGGCAAAGAUACGCUGUCCUCCGCGUCAGACGGUGUCAUCGCCUCCGGGGCGGAGCUUGUUUUCGCGUACUAUCCCCGCCGCCCGAGCAGCCCGCCGGCCUGGGAAGAUGAUGUGACGGAGUCCGUGCCGCCGAUGCUUGCUGUUUCGACGGACUUCGCUACCGACGUGGACCGAGACGCAGAGCAGGUGGAUGACGCGAAUGAGGUGGAGGAGACGAAGCGCAGCUCCGUCGUUGGGCAGCAGCGCAGACCUCGGAGAAAAUAUAACCCCGUCUUCCGCAUUGAAGCUCCUUUCGGCAGGGCGGACCGGGCAGGAGCAGCGUCCGCGGACAGCGCGGCACAGCUCGCGGCCGAGUACGACGACGAGGACGAGGAUGGCGGUCUCGAAACGGACGCUGGUGCAGCCCUGGCGUCGGAGCUGCGUGGCACAUCGCGGCACGGCGUCGGUGGCCGUGCACCGCCCGCACUCGAUCCGAAUUCUGCGUCGACGACGUCCGCUUCGCUGGUGAAUGCUGCGAUUGCCGCCCUCGGCUCCGCCUUCCACCCCACCCCCGGCGUUGACGAUGUGAUGGUUGAUUUUGACGACGUCAAUCAUCGCCGCUACAACCGCGGCGUGCAGCCCACCUUGAUGCGCGACGGUGGACGCAAUAGCGCCAACACCGCGGCCAAUGAAGGAAGAGGAGGAGGAGCGCAGCAGCAUCAGCGUAACUUCCGUCUGUCCAUGCCGCAGGAGGGCCUGAGCGGGCAGCUGUCGUGGCGGCGAUUGCGAGAGCAAGAGAAUGCAGCAAAAGCCACGCAGAUGUCGGAGGGGCAGCAGCAGCCGGCAUCACAGGCGUCGACACCGCCCAGCGCACUGCGGAUGGACGCGCCGCGGUCACCGCGUAAGGUGGCUCGACCUCGCCGCCUUCGCAAGGACACAACAGAAGCGGCGGCGGCGCGUCCAUCCGCAGCAGACUCUGCGGCAUAA